AUGUCGGCUAAGCUUUUGUAUAACUUGUCAGAUGAGAAUCCAAAUCUAAAUAAACAAUUUGGAUGUAUGAAUGGGAUCUUCCAGGUUUUUUACAAGCAACAUUAUCCCGCAAGACGUGUUGUUGUAGCUGGAAAUGAGCUCAACUCUCUGCAUUCAGGGAAAACAAUUGAAAAUGUCGGUGAUAACAACGUUAUAGCGGACAACAAGGAAACGGAGAAGAGUAAGAAGAAGAAGGCUGCAAAGGAGAAACAGAGGGGAGUCUCCUCUGAAUCAUUCUCGAGGCUGUCGUUUUCUUCUUCACCAUGCUCCUCCAGCUUCUCGUCUGUAGAUAUCAGCACCACGCCCUCUCAGUUUGAACAACCAGGUUUGAUGCAAACGAGUAAUAGAGGUGGUUUGGUGAUGUCGAGUGAUUUAAGGGAGCUUGUGAGAAACUCUAUUCACAAGGAGACCAGAGGCAGAGAUGAAGAAGAAGACUUGUCUCAGCAACCUAAAGCAGCCAGAGCUAACGCGUCUCUUCUCAAAGAUUCAUCACCAGCUCGGAAUUGUAGUGAGGAACGGAGAGUAGUGAAGCUGAAAGACAGUCCUCGGUUCUCUUACGAUGAGAGGGAGACAAGAAAGACAGGCGCCAAAUUCAAAGAGACACCGAGGUUGUCAUUAGACAGUAGAUCGAACUCCUUUAAGAGUGCUGCAAGAUCAAGUUCUUCACCAGAGCCGCAAGAGCUUGUAACGAGUGGUCACAGAAGAACAACGUCGAGUGUUGUUGCCAAGCUAAUGGGUCUUGAAGUCAUUCCAGACGAGUCUGUUACUGAUCAGGCCAGAGAGAACCGUUUCUGCGACUCCCCAAGGCCACAACAUUCACGAGUGGAAGGUGAUCAUUUACAAAGAUUAUCAAGUUCUGAUCCAAUCAAGAAGAUGAUGCCUCCUCCUAUGAAAGCAGCUCCACGGACGGAGGUGGAUGGUGCUAAGUACCAAGUCAAAGCAGUUGAUGCGCUAACUGUUUAUGGUGAGAUACAGAAGCGGCUUUCGCAGCUUGAGUUCAAAAAGUCCGAGAAGGAUCUCAUUGCUCUAAAGCAAAUACUCGAAGCAAUGGACAAGUCCCACCAGUUGAUAAGCAAAGACGAUGACCUAGUUCCAUCUGCAACAACAAGCCUGUCGUCCAGAUCUUCGUCUAUCAUGGUAAAGAAAGCAGCAACUGCUUCAGGUUCCACCUCUUCUUCCUCGCCACGGAGUGUUACUUUACCAAAUGUCAAGGUUACAAACCUGAGGCAAAGCCAGAAAGUCACUCCGAGUAAGCAAAGAGCCAUGGAUGUGACCCCAAGGCCAGGAGUUUACAAGGGCCUGACAGAUUCUGCAACGAAAAACACUGGUAGUACUAGACCGUUGCAGUCGAAGAAACACGACCAGAAACCUAGUGUGAGCCCAAGAACACAGCCGAAGAAGCUGGGGUUCGAGAAGCAGUCAAGACCAACGUCUCCAAAACCAGAACAGAACAAGAUCCAAAGACAGCUUCUUAAUAGGCAACAUACGGAAUCAACCUCCCCAAGAAGAAAACCUCGGAGCAUGCAGCAAUCAGAAGACCGUCUAAGUGAUGAAAGCAGUGACUUGAGAAGUCUAAGAUCUGACAGCAACGUUAGCUCGCCUUCAAACCUUGACACUGAGGUUACAAGCAGAUAUAAAUAUGAAAGGAACGGCGACUUCACGGAGCAAAACACACCAAAACAAAGGAGUUCAGAAUUGGGAAUGAGGUCGUUGCCAAAACCUCUAAAAGUUACGGUGGAGCAGCCAAGCCCGGUUUCAGUUCUUGAUUUAGCAUUCGAUGAAGAUGAGUCACCAUCGCCUGUGAGGAAGAUAUCCGUUUUCUUUAAAGACGUUGAUCAUCUACAUUCUGAAGAGUCCCAGUGGAUGAACAAGCACAAAAACUUACGUAGAUCGAUUGUGUGGCCUGAGAGUAACGGGAGUCUAAAUCAGCGAGAUGCCGAGGAUAUCAUGGAAGAAGGUGCGGAUGGUGACCACAAGUACAUCUCAGAGAUACUAUUAGCAUCCGGGCUUCUAAGAGAUAUUGACUACAGCAUGCUAAGCAUUCAGCUGUACCAAGCACACCUACCAAUCAAUCCUAGCCUUUUCUUUGUCCUGGAACAGAACAAGACAAGUAAUGUGACUCAACAUGAUAACAAACACAGAGGCGUAGUAUUCGGACAACAACAGACGACGAACCUGAUAGAGAGAAGCAGGAGGAAGCUUGUAUUUGACACCAUAAACGAGAUCUUAGCUCGCAAAUUCGCGGCACAAGGGUGUACGAAGCAACCAUACAUAAUAACAUCAUCAAUCAGCCAGCUAAGGGCAACAAACAAAAUUUCAAAAGGGAAGGAACUUCUGGAAACUAUGUGUUUAGAGAUUGAUCGAUUACAAGAUGACUCAAAGUGUAUCUUGGAUGAGGAGGACGAAGACCUCAUUUGGGAAGAAUUGGGCAUGAACUGGAAGGAGAUUGAACAAGAGACACCGGGGUUAGUGUUAGACAUUGAGAGGCUAAUCUUCAAGGACUUGAUAAGUGAAGUUGUGAUAACUGCUUCACCAGGAAUGCUCAGUGGGAAACCCAAACAGCUUUUCAAUAGCUUAUAUGCCUUAACUUAGAACUGUAAAUGAAGGAUCUAAAUAAUCCAUUUUACAGAGUAGAAAACAUUUGAUUUCUUGGUUCUGUGAACCCUUUCUUGUAUUUUCUUCUUAAUUGUUUAUGUAAAGACUCAACUCAAGAUAAAGCUCCAUGAUGUGAAGACCAAACACCACACCUCUUUAAGUUU